AUGAACAAUUUGACAUCAACAGAUGCCAUUAAACAAUUUGAUCUUACUAUAAAAAAAACACCCUCAGAUUCUACUUUUUCAAAGUUUUUUAAUUUAACAUGUUUUGAAUACUCUUCUCCAGAUAGAGCAAUUCCAAAAAUAUUAGAAAUUGAAAAAAAAAGAAAUUAUAAAGGAAUUUAUAGUUUAGUUGUUGAAAAUCCAAAUUAUAAUUAUUUUAUUUACCCUAGAGAAACUAUUUUUGCAAAAAAUAUUCAAUAUAAUUAUUCAAAUAAUUUCCAAGAUGUUAAUAAAGAUCAAUAUUAUUUAGAUAUUGAUCCACAUUAUACAAUUUAUAAUUUUAAACCAACAAUUUCAUCUUCAAGGGGUAAUAUUACUAUUAAAUCAAUGUUUAUACCAAAUCAAACAAGUCAACAAUUUAUAAUUUCUUCUUUUUUAAAUUUAGAUUUUCAACCAAUUUUUUUAUAUCAACAAUUAAAAGCUGGAUCAUCAACUGAAUUAAAGUAUGAUCAGUCAUUUAUUUUACUUGAAAUUAGUAAUGCUGAUUAUUUCUUAAUUACCGAUAGUGUUGGUGAUAGACCAGUUAUGGUUAGUGGAAGUAUAACAAAAGGAAUAUGGUUAACUUUAUUUACCAAUAUAGCAGAAAAGGCAAAUAGUGCAUUAAUUACUUUUAAUUUAUUUAGUUUUGAAACAGAUAGUGGUUUUGUACAAAAGGGAUCAACACUAAACAUGAGAUAUGUUGGUCCAUCUGGAAGUUUAAAUUCAAUCCAAUUGGAUUAUACAGCAGGUCAAUUAUCAAUGGGAUCAUCAUUAAUUCGUGUAGUUGAAGGUAGAAUAUCAACAUCAGCUAAUAACUAUGGUGAUUUAUAUGUAGCUGGUGGCAGAUAUGGUGAUGAGAGUUUAAUAUUAUUGGGUUCACCAUUCCCUUUCUAUAGUUUUACUUCAAAUUUCGUAGGAAAAUUCAUUUUACCAUCAUCAAAUUAUAUUAAAUCUAUUGGAAGUUUUUUCUCUCCAAAAUUUUAUUUUAAAAAUUAUCCAUUUGCAUUGGAUAAUUCUAAAAGUUUUGGUGGUCCAAUAUAUGAUGACUCAAUUCCCCCAAUAAUUAAAAAUGUUGAAUAUUUUGAUGUUGAGGGUAAUAAUGAUUGUAUAGUAAGAAUUUCAGCAAGUGAUGAAGGUGGUUCAUGUAUUCAACUAAUUGUAAUUAGUUUCUUUGGCGCAUAUUCACUCAAUCUAGCAUCAACUCCUCAAUCUACAGUUCGUGUCACCAAUAUGGAUUUAAUUGAGGGAAAUUGUUUUAAUGGUGUCUAUGAAAUACCAAUUCCAAAGUAUAAAAUUAGAAGACAAUAUGACAUUCAAAUUUCAGAUCAUGCAACAAAUAUGAAUUUAAUUUAUCCAAAUAGUAUAUAUUCAUUUUUAAAUUCUGAACCUAGAUAUUUACCAUCAUUCCCUUAUAAAUCAAUCGGUGUUGAAAAUAUUACAAGUAUUUCAUUCAAAUAUAAUGGUUUAGAUUUAUCAACAAAUGGAUGUGAAUUUAAUGUAAUGUAUAUUAAAUUAUCAGAUCCAUCUAUUAGUAAUAUGGUCUUUCAAUUUAUUCCUGAAAUUGGUAUAGAUACUUAUAGAUCAAAUAAACCAAUAUCAGGUCAACAACCAUUUUUUACAAGCUUAUGGAAUAAAUAUACAAGUACCUAUGAAAUUGAAUUUAGUUUACCUGCUCGUUUACCAACUGGUCCAUUACCUUAUUUAUUAAACCCAAUUGAAAUGAAUAAUGUAGCUAUUUAUUCUUUCUUGGGAGAUCUUUCAGAGCUUUCAAUAUCAAGUUCAAAUGUUGAUUUGAUUGGACCUCUAGUGACAGAUAUUCAAUAUUAUACAAAUGUUUUAAGUAUUCCAAACUCUGGUAGUACUACAAUUGGUUUUAUAAUUACAGUUUCAGAUUUAGCCAAUGGUAUUAAAGGUAUUAGUUUAACAAUCUCUUCAAAUAAAGAUAUUAAAGGUGUAGAUUAUGUUAUUGAUGUUCCUCCAAACAAUCCUUUAAAUUUUAGCUUCAAUGUAACUUGGUUAUUGAAAUUUAAUGAUUAUCCUCAAACUUUUACAAUUUCAAAGAUGAAAACAAUUGAUGGUCAAGGUCAAUCAACUGAAUAUCCAAAUGCAUUCAAAGUAAAUCCAUUGAUGAAUUUUAUAGAUACUCCAAAUUUAAUGAGUUUAACAACAACUGGUCCUCCAAAAGAUGGUAAUCCACCUGAGCUAGUCAUGUUUUCAAUCUCUAAAAACUCUAUAACAGAUUACACCCAAAGAGAUAUAUUAGUAGAAUUCUCAAUUAAAGAUACUGAAUCAGGUCUUCCAAUAAAUAAUUAUCCGUUGAUUUAUUUAAUGACUGAUACAUUUAAUUUCAUAUCAAAAAAUGCAACGGCAAUUAUAAUUGAAGAACAAUCUGGUGCUUUGAAUACAAAAUUAAGGUAUAUAUAUAAUUUUGGUAUUCCUUAUUUAUUUGGUUAUCCAAAUGGUUUUUUCAUUCAAAUUCACGGUGUACUUGAUAAUUCUAUGAAUGCUAUUGGAUUCCCACCAGAUACAAUUUCUUCUAUCACUUCAAUCAGUCCAUUUGUGAAUGUAACAAUGGGUCAAGAUGAACCAACUAUUGAAAGUGUAAAUUUGAUCGAUAAUAUUAAUUCUUUGAUCAUUUUUGGUUAUAAAUUCGGUGUUUCUCCAGUUUUUAAUAUUACCAUGGGAACAUCAUCUAUAAUAAUAACCCCAAUAGUUACUUCAGCUAAUAGUAUCAAGAUUGAUACAUCAACUCUUUCUCUAUCUAUAAACUCUAGUAUUUCUUUCAAUAUAACUGUUAGAAACUCUCAAGGAUUCACUUCACCAAUAUUCAUAAUCAUUGGUACAACUCCAACCACAACUCCAACCACAACUCCAACCUCAACAACAACUCCAACAACAACUCCAACAACAACUCCAACUUCAACAACAACUCCAACAACAACUCCAACCGCAACCUCUACACCAACACCAACUUCAACUCCAACUUCAACACCAACACCAAUUUCAUGUAAAAAUAAUUGUGGUGGUAUUGAAAAAGGAAAAUGUUUACCAACUGGUUGUAAUUGUAUUUUACCUUAUUUUGGUGAAGAUUGUUCUUCAAUUGUUUUAGAAACUAAACCAGAAGUAAAUGAUACACAACCAGAAGUUAAAAUUCCGUAUACAACAGUUUCAAGUUUAGUUUCAAUUUAUUCAUUAAGAGAAAUUGAUUUCAAUGGUAAAGUUGUAAAUCAAUACAUUUUUGAUAAAUGGAAUUAUCAACCAACAUCUGAUAGUUUUUCAUACUCUAUAAAUAUUACAAAUAAGAACGAUGAAUCAACAUAUACAAAUAUAGUUGUGUUGAUUAAAAAGUUUGAAAAACAAACAGUUAUAGAAUUUGCAAAUCAAAAUUUUACAAUGCCACCAUCAUCUAUGAAAUAUUAUAUCAAAUUUACAAAUGGUUAUAAGUUUAAGAGUCAAGUAAAUACUUUAGAAUUGAUUAUGCAUGCAUCAAUUGAAACAAAAGAUAAUCUAGAUGAUGCAUGUUCAGCAAGUGAAUUUGGUGAAUCAGAUUUAUCUCAAUUUAUAAAGGUUCAAGUUAAUGAUGUUAGUCUUUAUGGUGAAUUUAUAAAAAGAGCUUUAAUUAAUGGAUAUGUUUACUCCAUUACAAAUAAAAUUUUAAAAGAGAGUGAAGUUAAAGAUAUUACCGAAUCAAGUGGUUCAAGUAGUAUGUCACAAUCAUAUGUUGCAAUUCAAAUUCCACAUUAUGAACAAUCAAUUGAAUUGGAUCCAAAUUUUAGUGUUCUUUUAGAGUCUGAUAAAACAACUUCUGAAAAUUCAAUUUGCUCAAGUAAAUCAAAUGGUUUAUCAAAGAGUCAAAUUGCUGGUAUUGUAAUCGGUUCAGUCUUUUUCAUUGUUUUUGUUACAAUCAUUAUUAUUGCAACAUUAUUAAGAAAAUCAACAAAAAUUCGUAUAGUUGCAAAAGGAUUUAAACUAAAAAGUUUUGGAAAAAAAUAA